UUAACACCUUCACCGACUCCCUUUCAGUGCGUAAUACGAGUCAAACCACCACCCAUUGCAGACACAGAGCUCGAGUUGCCUCGCGAAUCUAGAGUGACCCUCGCGCAACUUCGUUUUGGAUACUGUAGCAGGUUAAACUCCUACCUAUCCAGAAUAGACCCUGACGUACCAAACACAUGUCCUGCAUGCAAUGAGUCUCCGCAUGACACUAACCACCUCUUUGCAUGCCCAACAAACCCCACUCAUCUAACACCCCUCUACCUAUGGUCCGACCCCGUCGAAACAGCUCGUUUCCUGGGCCUUCCGUUAGAUGACCUCGACGACAACGAAUCUAGAAUUUAUCACCCAAACGGGGAUUAGAUAAUCGUUACAACAACAACAAUAGAACACCUAGUGAAUUGUAAACAAUAACGUAAACAUUUUUGUUAAUUCGGGAAAAAAACUUAAUAUAUUAGUUAAUAGUGAAACAUUUUUGGUGAAAUAAAUAGAUCAAUGUUAUAUUAAAAUACUUUGCUUAAGUUUUAUAAAUACUUUUAUCUAUUGAUAACAUAACUGACAAUGAAUUGAUGAUUAUGAUUGCGAUCCAUCCAGUUUAUGCAAUUAUACACAAAUAUAUACUAUAUUAAUAACAGUUUUGAUGUACUUAAGUGAAAGUAUAUUGAAAGAUUCUGAAGUUAUAAUUAUUAUGACUAUGAAAUUAAUUUUAUAUAUCCCAAGAAAAACUGGAUAAACUUGCUUCUUAAUAGUUAUUGCAACUCGCCACUGCACACUUCAUUUUUCAAAAUCAAUAUAUUUUAUGCUUAUGAAAUUAAAUAAAUACAAUCUUCGCAAUCAUAAUUCCUUUUAGCCACUUAGUUAAUUGGCGGUGGGGGAGUGUUUUUACUUAAAAAUUAUACAAAUUUUUUCAAGCAAAAGUAACUAAAGUAAUACGUUUUUGUCCACAAUUUACAUGCUGUUCUAAGCUUCUUCUCAACUCAAAAGAAUUACGUCACAAAAUGGCGGCAUAGUGAAAUUAGUUUUUGUUUAAUUGUCACAGACUAAACCGAAAAAAUUAACGGUAAAUCAUUGUCGUAAUCUUGUAUUCUAUCAUCAUUGAUGCUCUUCUUGUUCUCAAGCUUCGGCAUAAAUACAAAUAUAAUUAAAGUUUUACUUGUCUCUCAUUGAACACACCUAACAGAGUUGAUUGAGUAAUUUUACAUCAAUUAAUUAAUUACUUAAUUGUAUGGAAAAUUGUUUACAAAUAGAGAUUAAGCUAUGAAACUUAUUUUAAUUGUUUAUUAAGAAGUCAGUUUUGAAAUAUAAGUUUAAAAGAAAUCGUAUUAUUUAAAAUCUGCAAUUUUGACUGCGACAUCUACAGUGCUUCUAAAAGUUUCUAGAACGAAACUUUCCUUUAGGAAAUUUCCAGUAUUGAACGACAAUAAAAAGAGAAGGUGAAAACCAGCAUUUAGUACUCAAUAAAACACGCUGAGGAAAAGUGUCAUCAUUGGAAAAGCAAUAUCGUGGUAAAAUAUAUAUACACGUAUACUAUUUAAUAUAGUGAAAAAUCAAAUUCAUAAAAAGAAAUAUAGAAUUUGUGAGACAUUGUGCUGAAAGGAAAACAAGCAGUAAAUCUUUCAAAGGAAGAAAAGGCAAUAUACUUUUAACGACGGUCCUACACUCGAAUAGAAGUUAAUAGAAAAGUAAUUGAGAUAUCUGAAAUAAAGCAGUGAAGAAAUGUCUGUGAUUGGAAUCGAUUUUGGCAAUGAGUCUUGCUAUGUUGCUGCCGCCAAGGCCGGUGGUAUUGAAACCCUCGCAAAUGACUACAGUUUGCGUGCAACACCUUCUUUUGUGGCUUUCGAUGGAAAGAAGCGUAUUAUUGGUGUGGCUGCUAAAAAUCAACAAGUCACAAAUAUGAAAAAUACAGUGAGUGGUUUCAAGUGUUUGUUGGGACGUAAAUUCAACGAUCCACACGUGCAACGAGAACUUAGCAGCAUUCCAACGAAAGUGGAUCAACGUCCUGAUGGCAGCAUUGGUUACAAAGUUAACUACUUGGAUCAGGAACAGUACUUUUCCCCCGAACAACUGACAGCAAUGCUAUUCACUAAAUUAAAGGAAACAUCGACAACUGCUCUGCAAGCACAGGUUAAUGACUGCGUAAUCACUUGCCCAGCAUACUUCAGUAACUCGGAGCGUAAAGCAUUGUUAGAUGCUGCUCAAAUUGCAGGUCUAAAUGUUUUGCGUCUUAUGAACGAAACGACAGCAACGGCGCUCUCAUAUGGUUUUUAUAAGCAAGAUUUACCUGACGAAAGUAAACCACGCAAUGUUGUAUUCGUUGAUUGCGGCAAUUCUUCACUUCAAGUCAGUGUGUGCGCUUUUACCAAAGGUAAAUUGAAAAUGCUUGCUAGUGCAUGGGAUCAGAUUGGAGGACGCGACUUCGACAGUGUGUUGGCAGAACAUUUUGCCAAAGAGUUCUACGAUCGUUAUAAGCUGAAUGCCAAGACAAAUCCUCGUGCUUAUUUACGUUUGCUUACUGAAAUUGAGAAAUUGAAAAAGCAAAUGUCUGCGAACAGUACAAAACUGCCUAUAAAUAUUGAAUGCUUUAUGGAUGAUGUUGAUGUUUCUUCGUCAAUGCAACGUUCCCAGAUGGAGGAUUUAAGUGCUCAUCUGUUUAAACGAGUGGAGAUGACGUUCGUUAAACUGUUACAAGAUUCCAAAUUGUCGCUGGAUGACAUACACUCAGUUGAAGUUGUCGGUGGUACUACUCGUAUCCCGGCCAUAAAGCAACUUAUUGAACAGGUAUUCGGGAAACCUGCUAGAACCACAUUGAAUCAGGAUGAGUCCGUUUCACGCGGUGCCGCAUUGCAAUGUGCAAUAAUGUCACCAGCAGUUCGUGUCCGCGAAUUUGGUGUAACCGAUAUCCAGAAUUACGCUGUUAAAGUGAGUUGGGAUGGUGAGGGUUCUCAAGCUGGUGGUGAAAUCGAAGUAUUCCCAGCCUUCCAUUCAGCCCCGUUCAGUCGCUUACUUACACUGAACCGAAAAGAACCCUUCUCCAUGACUGUGCAAUAUGCACAAGCUAUACCCUUUCCAGAUCCAGUUAUCGGAAAAUGGUUUAUUAAAGAUGUUAAACCUAACGAACGUGGCGAGCAUCAGGAAGUUAAAGUGAAAGUCCGUAUCAAUCACCACGGUCUGGUAUUGAUUUCUAGUGCUUCUCUUGUUGACAAAAAAGAAGAAGAAUCUUCUAAUGCUGGUGUUACUGCCGGCGAGCAAAAUUUAGCACCCAGCAGUGAUGAAAAGGGUAAUGCUGGUGAUCAACAACAGCAAACUGGUAACGGUGGUGAACCUAUGGAUGUUCAGCAAGAGGGCUCUGACAAGAAAAAGAAGAGCUCUAAAUUAAUAGAGCUUCCAAUGGAAGUGAAGACUCAUGGUUUCUCAUCACCAGACUUGCAGAACUUGGUCCAACAAGAGGCUAAAAUGAUUGCAAACGACGCCCGGGAGACCCAACGCGUUGACGCUAGAAAUGCUCUUGAGGAAUAUGUAUACGACAUGCGUAACAAGCUUCAGGGAGGUCCACUUGAACGUUAUGUCUUGGAAGCAGACCGUGAAGCCAUUUGCUCUCAACUUAAUGAUCUCGAAAAUUGGUUGUAUGAAGAGGGAGAAGAUUGUGAUCGUGAUACUUAUGUUAAUAAAUUGAAAGGACUCCAUACCCAAACAGAUCCCAUUAAAGAACGUGCUAAUGAUUACGAGAAUGCUCCAGUAGUUUUUGACGAACUUAACCAUAGCAUCCAAAUAGCGCACAGUGCUAUAAAUGAGUUCAAAAAGGGUGCUCCUAAAUAUGAUCACCUAACAGAGGCCGAAUUCUUGAACAUCUCUGAAGCAGCCGAUAAAGCGCAAAAGUGGCUAAAUAGUAAUAUGACAAAGUUUACACAAACGCCACGCAUGUAUGACAGUCCCGUCAAAGUUGCCGAUAUACGCCAUGAAGUACAGACACUGAAUGCUUGCGUCAAUUCGGUUAUUAAUCGUCCUAAACCAAAACCAGCUGCGAAACCAGCGCCUGCGAAAGAUGCCAAUUCGGCGGGAGCGGACGAACAGAAUGGUGAGAAUGCAGAGAAAGAAAAUGAUAAAGCAGCACAUAAUCCAAUGGACGAUGCUACCAUGGAUGUGGAAUAAGUAAAUCAAGAACUCGUUGCUUUUGUGGUGGGGGGUGUUUAUAGAAUGUAAGUCGUCCUGCAUAUACGUAAGAAGCCACAAAAUAUGGAACAAACACAAGCUAUUUAGCAUUGGCAUAAAUAAAUACAAAAUGAUAUGAGCUUAGGUCGGCAUCGAGUUAAAAAUGAAGUGAGAAUAAGGAUAUAUCUUCGUAAUAUUGCAGUUGGGGUCGUAAAUAUUGAGAUAAAAACAGCAAACAACCGCCGGGUGAAUUCUGUUAUUACUACACACAAAUUCAAUUAAAAGAAUUUCAAUAUUUACAAUAAAAAUAAUGAUUUUAAUUUUUACUAAUUUAAUAAAAUAAUGACUAAAUAAUAUAUAACUUAAAAUAAACCAAUCCCUAAAUAGCAGAUGCAAAACAAAUCCUUAAACAUUGGUUCACAAAAAUACUUUCAAUUUAUUAAUAUUUUCUCUAUGGAAAUUGGACUACAUAUAUAUAUGUUAUUUUAUUUUUCCAAAUGAAUAUUAUAUAAGCAAAACUAUCACUGAAUGCUCCUAAUAAUCCGUUUUUCUUAAAGAAACAAAUGAAAUUACACACAGCUCUAAUGGGCAAAUUUUAUAUUCGUAAAAACACCGAGGAUUCGGUGACAUACUAAUUAUCAAUUUGAUGUUGAUAAAUUUCAGAAUUUGUAAAAUUCUUGGCAUUUUUAGCAUAUAAUGUAAACUUAUGUUAUCAGAUACCAUUCAUUUUUAUUCACUAUUUUAUUUAUAUUACCAUAUAGACCGCCAUUGAAGAUGCAAUGCACCAUGCGUUGACAUUUCUGUUGCUUUACUUUUAGGCUUUUGAAUGACUGGGUAUGAAGAAGUGACCAGUAUAAACUUACAUACAUACAUACGUAUUAUCAGCGCAUUCACGUAAUAAUCUAAAUUAAUGCUUGCACACAUGUGCAAUGUAAUUGAAUUAAUUGCUGCGGUAUUAAUUUCUAGAACUUAGCAGAUUUUUUAAAUAAUAGAAUUUACAGUUUGGACUAAAUUGAAUUUGUAAAGGAACAAACUUAAUCUAAUAAACUAAAACGAAAUAAACAACACUCAA